UCGUCAGUUUCAGUCCGAUUCGUUGCAGUCCGCUCCGAUUCGCCGGGGCGUUUAAUCCCGGUUUGUUUCUACCACUACCUAGUGCAUAUAUAUUCGUAGUCGUCGUGGUAUCGAUAUUAAAAUUUAUCGGAGGCGUCUCAGUUUAUUCUGUUCCUGACGCACCAGUCCCAGUCUCCCUUAAACCGUUGGCGCGUUCGUCGGACAAGCAACGUCCGUGAUAAGAUACUCUGUUCGUGGCACGUCGCGUUCUUUAUAAUAUUUUUUUUUUCGCCCCUCUCCUCCACACCAUAACCACGCCAUUUACCAGACCUUCACCACCACCUGCUCCUUUAUCACCGGAUCUUAUUUCCUGGAACAAUCGUUAAACUCAUCCUCAAAUAAACUCCGUGUCCACUAUAAAAAAUCAAUCAUCACUAAGUAAUCGACUAAAUAUAUAAUACCGAAGAGGUGCGAGUGUAUUUAAAUUAUCCAUAUAUAUAUAAAAAAAAUAUAUAUAUACCUUAACUUCGGUAACACGAGAGACAGGAUGGCGUUCAAUGGGGACGGACCCCACUCGAAGAGGCAGCGACUUGAGGAGUCCGGUCACAGGAAUCACGAAUACAGUGGGUAUGGCGAUGAGCCGCGUCGCAAAAGAGAAGACAAUAAUAAACCGAAUCACGUAUUAUUGUUUACAAUAAUCAACCCAGUUUAUCCAAUAACAGUCGAAGUACUGCACACAAUCAGUGCCCCAAGUGGACAGGUACAACGUAUCGUUAUCUUUAAGAAAAAUGGCGUUCAGGCUAUGGUCGAGUUUGACUCGGUAGAGUCAGCAACGCGGGCUAAAGAAGCCCUUCACGGUUGUGACAUUUACUCGGGUUGCUGCACACUGAAGAUUGACUUUGCCAAGCCGACCAAGCUUAAUGUAUACAAGAAUGAUGCCGAGAGCUGGGACUAUACGACACCAGCACUGGGUGCAGUGGCUCACCAAAAAGAACCAAACACCAACGGACGACCGGCGCCGCUUCUUGCUGAACCGAGAUAUGGAGCAGCACCACAGCCAUAUGGCUCGACGCCACAAGUGGGCUUUCCACCCGGGCACGAUCGCUACGAAGAAAGCUUCAAUGGUCCCGCAACGUAUGCGGAGCCUUAUGAGAGGUAUGGGUUAAAAGGUGACUUUAGUGGCCGAGAGCCACUUCAUCCGUCUCCAGCUAGACCUGGUUAUGUUCCAAGUCUCGGACAAACGCCGCCGACAAGUACUCAAGGCUCAGUUAUGAUGGUUUACGGUCUACAAGCUGACAAAGUCAACACUGACAAGCUCUUCAACCUCUUCUGUCUUUACGGCAACGUCACUAAGGUCAAAUUUUUGAAGACAAAGGAAGGAUGUGCCAUGAUUCAAAUGGGUGAUAGUAUUGCCGUAGAACGGUGCCUACAAAAUUUAAAUAAUGUGACAAUUGGUACUGAAGGUAAACUUCAACUCGGCUUUUCAAAGCAGGCCUUUCUUGCUGACGUAACAAACCCUUACGUAUUGCCGGAUAAAACUGCCAGUUUUAAAGACUUCACUGGUAGUAAAAAUAACAGAUUCUUAAAUCCAGCAAUGGCUAAUAAAAAUAGAAUACAGCCACCGUCUAAAAUAGUUCACUUCUUCAAUACACCACCAGAUCUUACCGAGGAAACAGUUAAUAAUGUAUUUGUCGAACGUGGAAUAGAAACACCUUUAACUAUAAAAUUGUUUCCACUCAAGUCAGAGCGCUCGUCCUCGGGGCUUAUUGAAUUCAGCAGUGUAGGAGUUGCCGUCGCUGCGAUAAUGGAGUGUAACCACACAGCACUAGAGAAUAGUAAUGGCAAGUUUCCGUACAUCAUGAAAUUGUGUUUCUCAUCAUCACGUACGAUACCAGCAAACUUUCCACCAGCCGGUGCAAGUGCCAAUGCAUCAAGCGAUUCACCCGGUAAUGGGCACGCUAAAAUGCAACAAGACUCAGAAUAGAACGUCGAACUCCAGGGCCAGCAUCAGCAUAUCAGCAACAUCCGUCAUCAACAGCAGCAGCAACAGCUUCAUCAUCAUCUCCAUCAUCAACAGCAACAGCAUCAACAACAGCAGCAGCAGAAGCAUCAUCAGCAGCCGCAGCAAUACCAUCAGCACAAUCAUCAUUUUCGUCAUCAUCGUCUCUCACAAGGUCAGGCGCAGGGUCAAUAUGGCCUACAUGAAUUAUGUGUCACGGUAGGAACAGCCGUGCAUCCCCAAACAGCCAUAGCUUUAUCUCCCGUUUUACCACCGCCACUUCCUCCUUCCUGUCACCUUCUUAUCACUACACCGAGUAUCUAUUCAGGCGUACAGAGGGUGUCUCAUCAACCGCCCCCACCCCCACCUCCUCCACCUCCACCCCCGCCGCCAACUCCCGGUGCGCCGGCACUUCCGACCCCUACGGCAUUAGCACCACAACCGUCGCUUCCUCCAUUAUCGUCACAGCCGCUGGCCGCUUUCUGGCCCUACGGAUAAGAGUAUCGGAAUUUCUACUUUCUGCUGUCAAACAGAAGGAUUAAAAAAAACGUAAAUAAAAAUAAAAUAGGAAAAUAAUAAUAAUAAUAAUAACGAUAAAAAUAAAUUGCAUAUAAAAAAAUGUAGAAGCAACAAAAAGAGAUUUUAAAUAAGAAAGUGUAGAUGAAGAAAAAUAUAAAUAAACAAGGCUGGACCAACUAUAUCCAGACGUAGACAUGCCUAGAGGUCCCUCGUCCCGUUUUUUGAUUAAUUAGUACUGCCGUGGUUCUGGUUAGUUUUUAUAACUCAUCGAUUUAUUAUUGAACGGGAAAACAUCACAAUUAUCAUGAUAUAAAGUGUGAUAGAUUGCCACAAAAUUUUAGAAUUGCUUUUUUUUUCUCAGAUACAUAUCAAAUCACGUGGCAAUUGCGUUUGCUGAUUAGACGAUUUUUUGUCGUUUAUAAUAUUAAUAAUAUAAUAAUAACAACAACGAAUGUAUGACUUUUAUUACGUUCGGGCUCUACUCUAAUGACGUGUCAUCUUAACUAUCAUUUGCUUUAAAAAUAAUAAUAAACACCUGAACCACGUGCUAUUAAAUAUAAAAACUGCCGUGUUUAUAAUCCUUUAAAUUACCGUCCAGGAUUACUUUGACACCGGGGAAAUAAAUAAAUGAAUAAUUAAAUUUAUAAAUAACUUAUAAUAAUAAUAAUAAUGGUAUAUUGUCAAGUAAUGUUGGAUUGGUGUAUUUAAUUGGUUAAACUGGAUUUAGAACGAUGAUUACGCGACUUUACGCGAUGUAUUUUUGGAGCCACCUCUAGUCCCCGAUACUGCGCACCAUUUCCGACGAUAAUUGCCGCUAGUCAUUCAUUUACCCGCAUAGUAAACCCAUAGAUUGAUUAAUUAAUUGAUUAAUUUAUCCAUCUAUCAAUUGAUUAUUUUAUUUAUUGUAAAUUACGAAUCGAAUAAUAAUUUAAAAAUUUUUUUUAGCAUUAAAAAAUUCGACAGUUUAUUGAAACUCUUUUAUAGACAAGCUUAGAUUAGUAAGCGGCAAUAAAUCGUCGUGACUCUUUUAUGAAUUUUAAACAAAGAAAAAAAAAAUUAUAUAAAAUAUAUCUUCUUGACUGCUAUAUUUAAGAACAAUAAAUUUAAUCUUAUCACUGGCGUUCACACAUGCGGUGGACUGUAGUGUUCAGAUUUCCUAAUAACUUUCAAGUAAAUAAUAAAUUAAUAUUAAUAAAAGUAUAUAAGUAUAUACUCGAUACUAAAUUCCUUAUUCGAUUUAUAAUCACGGAUCGAAUCACGGACUGUGAAUUGAAUUUUAUAUGCUAAAAUAAUUUAAAAAAAAAUUACCUUGAACACAACAUGAUAAUUAGUAUCUCUUGGCAAUAUUUUGUCGGGUCAAGGGAUGUUUUUAUAAAAAAAAACAAAAUUAAAUAAAAAAAAAAUUAAAUUAUUGAAUAAUAAAUGAAAGCAGGUUUUAGAUCUCGGAUAAAAAAAAAAACAUUUUUUGAUGAAAAGCGAACCAAAUGACAACGCUAUCAAUUAAAUUCUUCUAAAUUACUCUAUAAUUGCUAUAUAUAUAUAUAAAUAUAUGAGAUAUCUAUUAACAAUAAAUAAAUAAUGUAGACGCAACUCGGCCAUGCAUUAUAUUAAAAUAACGAUUACAAAUAAUAAUGAUAAUGAUAAAUAAUAAAAGUAAUAAUUAUCCGGGCAUUGCAUACCCCCCUGAGACGUAGACAGAAAAAAAAACUAAAAUGUAACCGGCAAUUAAUGUCCACUGAUCGUGCAAGAGCAUGAGAGAUGAUGAGUGAUUGCGCGUGUAAAAUUUAAAUAAAAUUUUAAAUGAACUAAUAACAGAGUAAUAAAGUGGAAUUUAUUAUUAAGAGUAAUAAUUUAAAUAAAACAAAAAAAUGAUCGAUGAUUUAAAUAAAGAACAAAUUUAUAUUUGAGCCAGGUGUAAAAACAAAUAUAUAACUAGAGUAUUUGAUAAAAAUAAAAUACAUAUAAUAUUGUAUUGCACAGUUUUUUAUUUUAAAAUAAAAAUUAACGGUGCAAUGCAAUACGUGGUCUGAUGUAUGUACAUAGAGAGCUUCAACGAUGAUUCGCAAUGAUUUCAAUGAACGGAAUUGUUUUGGAAAGUGCUUAAGUAGCCUAAACAAAAUAAUAAUAAUAAUAAUAAUAAUAAUAAUAAUAAUAAUAAUAAUAAUAAUAAAAAUAAUGAUAAAUAAUAAAAAUGGUAAUUUUAAAAAAAAUUAUGGACUAAAUAUAAAGGUAACACGUCGUCCCUCGGACGUUUACAUACGCUUUGUAUUUUCUAUUAACAAUUAAAUUUUAUUAUUUUUAAAUAUUAAAAU